AUGCAGUUCAAGACCAUGCUCGCUGUGACCCUCGCCGCCAUUGCCCCCGCCAUCGUCACCGCCCAGUCCUGCGCUGAGGCGGCGCGUUUCGGUGUUGCCACUGCGAACCCUUCGACUGCCGCUCCCGGUGACGAUGUCACCAUCACCGCGGACUUCACCUGCUCCUUCAGCCGCGGCAUCGUCCCUGAGUGGGUUGAGUACAAGCUCGAGGUGGUGCAGAACAACAACGGAUUCGAGGCCCCGAUCCUGCUCGCGCGGCACCAGUUUGCGGGCACCUCCGCUUCUCCCUUCGACGUGACCAAUGUGACGAUCCCUCACGCCUCCUACGUCGAUGGCGCGACUUACACCCCGAUCAUGUACAUCAUCUACCCUACCUCGGGUACCGAUGGUAGCCCGGUGGACGUUCAGGGUGGCGUCAACGUUAACCUCAAGGUUCAGACGUCGUCCUAA